CCAAUCCCUCUUUUCCCUUUUUUCUUUUUUGAAGAUGGAUGUGAAAAACAGGGGAGUUCCAUUGACCACUAUCUUGCUCUUUCUGCUCCUUUCUGCCAUUUUCCCAUCCUCUUUCUCAGAAGCCAUACAUCCCCUCAACAUCACGAAGGUUGCUAAUUCCUUUGGUUCCUCUGCCGUUUUCCCGAUUCAUGGAAAUGUUUAUCCACUUGGGCAUUACACGGUGUCCCUGGGCAUUGGCAAUCCCCCAAAGCCUUACGACCUAGACAUUGACUCCGGUAGUGAUCUCACUUGGGUUCAGUGUGAUGCACCAUGUAAAGGUUGCACAAAACCUCGCCAUCAACUUUAUAAACCUCACAAAAACCUUGUGCAAUGCGCGGAUCCCUUGUGUGCUGGAUUAUCAGGCCAUCAAUGUGCUGCCCCAACUGAGCAAUGUCACUACGAGGUUCAGUAUGCAGACCAUGGAUCAUCUUUUGGUGUGCUAGUCCGAGACUAUGUUUCUCUCCGAUUCGCCAAUGGCUCUUCUAUACGCCCUGGUUUGGCCUUUGGGUGUGGAUAUGAUCAGAAGUACUCUGGUCCUUCCUCGGCACCUUCCACAGCAGGGGUUCUUGGCCUUGGCAAUGGCAAGACAGGCAUUUUGUCCCAGCUUCGAUCUCAGGGCCUGAUUCGCAAUGUUGUGGGCCACUGCUUAAGUGGGCAAGGAGGAGGGUUUUUAUUCUUUGGAGAUGGCCUCAUUCCCCCAUCUGGAAUUGUUUGGACACCAAUGCUGCAGGGUUCCUCCGAAAAACACUACAGCUCAGGUCCAGCAGACCUGUUGUUCAAUGGAAAGCCUACUUCUGUUAAAGGUCUUCAACUUAUCUUUGAUAGUGGGAGCUCCUACACAUACCUCAAUUCCCUGGCUUAUAAAGCUAUUAUUGAUCUUGUUACUAAUGAUUUAAAGGGGAAGCCUUUGAAUAGAGCAGUUGAGGAUCGAUCACUACCAAUUUGUUGGAAGGGUGCAAAGCCUUUCAAAUCUCUACGUGAUGUCACCAACAAUUUUAAGCCCCUAACACUGAGCUUCACAAAAUCAAGGAAUUCCCAGCUGCAACUACCACCGGAAGCUUAUCUAAUUGUCACUAAACAUGGCAAUGCCUGCUUGGGGAUUCUAAAUGGCACUGAAAUAGGACUAGGAAAUAUCAACAUAAUUGGAGACAUCUCUUUACAAGAUAAGGUAGUGAUUUAUGACAACGAGAAACAGCAGAUUGGAUGGGGCUCUACCAAUUGUAAAAGACUUCCCAAGCUAUAAUCAAUAUAUUUUGACUGCCUAUAACGUU